AUUCUCCAGUGCAUUUCUGGAAACAGCUUGGUUUAUUCUGUUAACAAUCCUCAAAGGCUCUCUUUGUCAGGAAAUAACGUUCCAAAUGCUCUGUUAUAACCUACUUAUAAAUACUUUCAUACUUCGUACGCAUCAUAUAACUACCUAAAAGCUAAGUAUUUUAGUUAUGCAGUAUAUUUUUUUAGUGUCUGUUUGUCUGUCUGGCAUCCAAUGAAGUCAUAGCUGCCACAUGGCAUUUGAGAGAUAUAUUGUGUAAAAUAUAUAAAAGGUAACUGGAAUCCGAAACCCAGUUGUCUACUUUUACUGUCUAUUUCAUCCUCCACGACAAAUAGCUGUGCAGAGUGGAAACCGGGGCUUUUCGCCAUUAUAGGCCGUUGGGGAUUGUUAUUUCGAACGUACAUUCUCAGACCGAUUCCUUUAUCCUGCCAAAGGACAAGGUAUGUGGCAUUCCAUCAUUCUUAUUAAUCUCUGAUCAUAGUUUACAGAGGUAAUGAAGCAAAUCCACUGUGGAACAAGUAGAAGAGCGUUUAAAACUCACUUAAGCAUUUAAGUAUUUCCUGUUAGCUAGGUUUAGAAACUUGUUUCGAGAUCUCAGCAUUGUGAAGUGGGUUCUGGGCAAUCGGUAGAGAAAUGAAGACCCUUUGGCGAGAUAUGAAGACACUUCUGCUAUUUCUGUUACUGGUGCAGUUUCCAGCCACACCCACAGAAGCAGUGACCUCACCUGCUCCCAAGAGUUCAAGUUCCUCCAUCAGUCCAGUUACAUCAAAGCCAUUACCUUCACAUGGCUCCAGUGCAUCCAAGCACAAUGCCUCUGUACCUGCUGCAUCCCCAAAAGCUUCACCUGAUGUUUCGCCACCAGUUACAAAGCAUAGGUCGCCUCCUGCAGCUUCACCCAAAGCUUCACAUGCUGUUUCACCCACUGUUCCAAAGCAUAAAUCCCCCCCUGCACCACCGGUAGAUAUAUCACCAGAUGAAGCUCCAUCUCCAUCGGCAUCUCCAUCUCCAUCUCCAGAAACCCCUAAAUCUAAGCAUGUUUCUCCACCUGCUCCUCCAGCACUGGAAGGCCCAUCUCCUUCUCCUUCUUCAUCUCCGUCCCAAUCUCCAUCCCCAUCUCCAUUACCAUCGAAGUCUGAACAUAAAUCACCUCCAUCCCCUGUUGCUGGUAAAGGUUCAGCUACUUCCCCCACAAAGAGCCCACAAACCCCCACAUCUGCUUCUGGCACAACAUUGGAUGCUGAACAGUUGGCUGCCUUGAAAUCUCUUGGAGUCUCUACGGUGAAGGAUCCCUGCUCACCCACUCAACAGAAAAUCACAACCUGUGACAAUGCAAAACCAUCGAAACAUCUUGUCUCCCUGCAACUCCAGUAUUGUUCUCCUGACGCCCAAAUGACACAAGACGUUAUGGAGGCCUUAUCAACACUUCACUCCUUGACUUUCAUGGAUUGCCCCAUGUCUCCAAUACGGUUCCCUGCCAAGCUUCUGAAUUCACUGACUUCAUUAACCUGCAUUUCCAGCUUGGGCAGGACCCUGGAGGAUCAGUCUGUCCAGGGUUUGACUGGUGUGUGGCUUAGCAAGUUUCACAAUCUUACAAAACUGACUGUAUCGGAUGUGGUUGUGAAUGCUAGUGGCCCUACAGUUAUUCUCAGCAAUAUGAAGCAUAUCAGAGAUGUUUCAAUCUCUAGGACCAACCUCUCAGGUUUUCUGCCCAAGACCUGGCAUGAAAAUAUUUCUUCCAUAGAUCUGUCUGGAAACAAUUUGAAGGGCUCUAUACCUUCUUCAAUGGGACGGCUUUCUCAUCUGAGGACCCUAGAUCUAAGUACAAAUCAGUUGCGUGGAUCUAUACCUUCUAGUCUUGGUAAGCUUUUGCAUUUGGAGAAGCUUGCAUUGGCCUCAAAUAAACUAUCAGGUUCAAUACCCGUUUCAUUUUCUGAAAUGCCAGCUCUUGUAUAUUUGGAUCUCAGCAGCAAUCAACUCAAUGGCUCCGUUCCUGAUUACUUGACAGAAUUGAAGAGUUUGCGUUAUCUUAACUUGGAGGACAAUAAUUUUCAAGGUCCUCUUCCAUUCAACGCCACUUUUAUCAAGAAAUUAACAACAUUCAAGAUAAGUGGUAAUGCCAAUGUAUGCUACAAUCAUUCUGCCACAUCUUCCAAGCUUAAGUUGGGGGUGCCUCCAUGUGAUAGCUCAGGUAUGCCCAUUGUACCUCCAGAUGCAGCGAAUUCAGUAGCUCCUGCUUAUGCCCCUGAUGAUGCCCCCGAGUCUGGGGAUGGAGAUCAGCAUAACAGUCAUCAUCAUGGACCCAACAAGAUUGUUGUCGCAGUUGCUGUUGCACUUUCCUGUAUUGUUUUCCUUAUCAUUGUGUGUGUCGUCCUAUCAAGAUGGUGUUCUUGGAGAGACUAAUUCAUGAAGUUUGGAUUCAAUUAUAUACAGAUGAGACUAUUACAAGAUGUGAUAAAGGCUUGUGCUUGCUCUGGAACCGGGAUGAAUAUUUUUUGUGCUUUCUGUAGUUGAAUCUUAACUUUGACUCAAGGACUUGGACAAGGUGAGAGCAUCUCCAUUCUUACAGGCAACAAGAAAUUUCAGCUCCUCUUAAGGAAUGGCAUCAUUUUAUCUUGAUGUGAGCGGGACAGUUAUUUCAAAUGCAUCUCAAUAUGAGGACUAUUCGGUAGAGGGAUUUACAGUAUAUAGAGUUCUAAUGUAUAAAGUGCUACAGUAAGGCGUUUUGUAGUUUGUGGUUUCUUGUUGUAGGUGAUUAAGAUCUAACAGGGCAUUCAUGGCAGAUAAUUUUUUUUAUUCCUUAGCUUUUGCAUCUUCAUAUCCAGCAGUCACCCUUGCCUGUUUUCUAACCAACAUGAUACUAAAGAAGUAAACUUGAUUUGGGUGGCACUUAUCUCAUCUGAAGAAACGUGUUGUGCAAUGUCCACCAGUUUUUUAGCUUUAGCCGGUGGUACAUAGACUGUCUAUAUAAUCAAGUUGAGGAGUUCCCACUGCAUGGAUGGGGUCUUGAGAUGGGUUUCCAAUAUCUCAUCUGAAGAAACAUGUUGUGCAAUGUCCACCAGUUUUUUAGCAUUAGCCGGUGGUACAUAUAGACUGUCUAUAUAAUCAAGUUGAGGAGUUCCCACUGCAUGGAUGGGGCCAUGGGACCUUGAGAUGGGUUUCCAACCACCAUAGAAGAGCAUUUGUUAGAUCUAAUCCCUAACAGAAACAGUUUUGUGUCUGUUUUCUGUUGUGAUCUGUGUAUUGUGAAUCUUAGAGUGAGCUUUUGCAGCUUUAGAGAGUUGAGAUUUAGUUGGCUGUAGCUUGUAACAUACGUAUGUAUUUAAGUUUUUUAAUAUAUUUAAGUUUCAGUCA